AUGGCUGCCCCGCCAAAUGUGAGAACCUACACUAAACUUGCAGGUACCCCCGAUUAUGAUGACCCGACCUUCUGGGAUACCAAGUUUGCCACUGGUCGGGAUGUCGGGGAGUGGCUGAAUUCCGGUGAAAUGCUCAUCGACGCGGUCGUGUCCCACCUGGAGAGUCGCUCGGCAACAGACACAAACGCAAGAGUCUUGCAUCUGGGGCCCGGCAUUUCAAAGCUGGGGGCCAAACUUUGCGAUGAAUUCAUGAAUCGCAAUUGGGCGGGAAAUGGUAUCGUGAACGUUGACUUCUCCGCCGAAGCCGUUCGCAUCGGGCAAGAAAUCGAGGAUGGAAAGGAUCACUUACAUGCGAUGCACUGGCUGCAAGCUGACUUGCGGUCUUGGGCUGAUGUGUCUAGAUUAGCUCCCCUCUCGCCAUUUGACGUGAUUCUCGACAAAAGCACAAGCGACGCGAUCGCGACAUCCACGCCCGUUACAUUCCCUCCAUCCUCCGACGCAUCGAGCACAUGCCCGACGGUACAGCAAAUUGUGGAGAAAAAUGGAGAGACAGUGUUGUCGCCAGUAGAGUUAUUGGCGUUACAUCUCGUUCCCUUGACGCAGAAAGGAGCCGUCUGGGUCACUCUUUCCUAUUCGACCAUGCGCUUCGAUGAUCUACAUUAUAUGGCACAAUACUGGACUGUCGUAUCCCGGAAACCUUUCAAAGCACCGCAGGGAAAGACCUCGUCGUUUGCUUAUGCGCCCGAAGUUUUCCACUGGAUGUAUAUUCUGCAACGCAAGUGA